AUGUUAUUAAGAUUAAGUAAUUUGAAAUUACGAGGAAUUAUUGUUUUGGUUGUUAGUAAACAAAAAGGGAUUACAUUAGUUUUUAAAAAUGAUCCAUUAGAGAAAGUUGAUGUCACUUCAACUUUUGAUAGUAUUUCUAGACCUCAAUGUAUGUUUUCAGGAAAUACACCAUAUGAUACAAUGUCAAUGCCAGAUCUUCGAUAUCAUACACCACUUUUAACACCCAAUUCCGAAAUUUCAAGAGAUCUUGAUUCGUUAGAUGGAUAUCCGGGAUAUUCAACGUAUUCAACGUAUUCAGCAUAUUCCAAUUUUUGUGAUUUAUUUGAACGAAAGAAAGAAGAAGGAUUAAAAGCAAUAUCUUCACCAAAGAAAGAUCACAAAGAUCAUCACAUGGAUGGUAAUCGACCACGAAUAUUUCAUCGUCAACAACCUCAUAGAAGAGGUUCAUUACCUACUUGGUUACCUUCUUCUCAACAAGAACAACAUUAUUCUCAAUUAAGAAAUUCUUUAAGACCAGCCAAUCUUCAACGUCAUAAUCAAUAUCAAAAUUUUGAUCGAACGAUAACCAAUCAACAAAUUCAACAACAAGAAAUAUUUUUACAACCUUCCGAAACAUCCGUAGCGGCUCAACUUGCUACAUUAAUGAAUUCCAAUCAUACCAUAUCACCUUAUACUCGUACAUUACAACAUUUAACUUUUAGAUCUUACCCUCAUCCCACCAAUAAGACUACGACCAAUAAACGUAAAUCCCCGGGUAAAGUUACUGUCAAAAGAAAUAUAUUAAAAUUUCCUGGUUUGACGAUUGGAUUUGGACAUUAUUCAUGGAUGGAUGGAUGA